CCGAGCAAGCAAGCAAGCAAACUGGUUUGGUUUUGUGGGGCUUGCACCACUGCAUCGCUCCAUCGGCGAGGCAGUCCAAUUUAUGCAUUACGGCUAUGUAGGCACUACACGAUAUCAAAACUCUCUGCGCCCGGGCCUUACAACUCCAUUUACCAUCUCCGUUACAAUAUUAUCAGAAUUUCGCAAGUGCCUACAAGAACUAAAUUUGCUGUAACCAACGUCCACAUUUGGCUAUGGCCGAAGGAAAUGGGGAAAUAAAAAUGGAAGAGAAGCAGUCGAAGGAGGAAAUGGAAUAUACAGAACGGACAGAAGAUUAUACAAAACUAAUCCAAUAUGGACUAGAUGAAAAAGUGGCUGCCAAACUCGAUGAAAUUUACAAGACAGGAAAACUGGCACAUGUGGAUUUGGAUGAAAGGGCAUUGGAUGCAUUGAAGGAAUUUCCAGUUGAAGGAGCUUUAAAUGUACUCACACAAUUCCUUGAAUCGAAUUUAGAACAUGUGUCUAACAAAUCAGCAUUUCUUUGUGGCGUAAUGAAAACAUAUAGGCAAAAAAGUCGUGCUGGUCAAGGUACUGGUACAAGUACAACAUCUAAGGCACCUGAUGAGGAUAAAAUCAAGAUGAUACUUGAAAGAACUGGUUAUCCAUUGGAUGUAACAACAGGACAAAGAAAAUAUGGCGGACCGCCACCAAAUUGGGAGGGCCCGACUCCAGGAACUGGUUGUGAAGUGUUUUGUGGUAAAAUCCCAAAAGAUAUGUAUGAAGAUGAAUUAAUACCAUUGUUCGAAAAAUGUGGGAAAAUUUGGGAUUUGAGACUGAUGAUGGAUCCUAUGUCAGGUUGCAACAGGGGAUACGCAUUUAUCACUUUCACUAACAGGGAUGCUGCUCAAUUGGCUGUCCGUGAGCUCGAUAAUCACGAAAUAAAACCCGGCAAGAAUCUGAAAGUAAACAUUAGCGUUCCUAAUCUACGACUUUUCGUGGGGAACAUACCAAAGUCAAAAGGCAAAGAGGAGAUCCUGGAGGAAUUUGGUAAAUUAACAGCGGGCCUGACCGAGGUGAUUAUCUACAGUUCACCAGAUGACAAAAAGAAGAACAGAGGUUUCUGCUUUCUAGAAUAUGAAUCUCAUAAAGCAGCCUCAUUAGCUAAACGAAGACUAAGCACUGGUCGCAUCAAGGUCUGGGGCUGUGAUAUCAUAGUUGAUUGGGCUGAUCCACAGGAAGAGCCUGAUGAAUUAACAAUGUCCAAAGUUCGAGUGUUAUAUGUAAAAAAUUUAACGCAAGAUUGUUCAGAAGAAAAGUUAAAAGAAUGUUUCGAGCAAUAUGGAAAAAUUGAAAGAGUUAAGAAAAUUAAGGACUACGCUUUUGUGCAUUUUGAAGACAGGGAUAAUGCUGUAAAGGCAAUGAACGAGUUAAAUGGUAUAGAAAUUGGUGGUUCGCGUAUAGAAAUUUCACUAGCUAAGCCUCCAUCUGAUAAAAAGAAGAAAGAAGAGAUUCUUCGAGCAAGGGAAAGAAGAAUGAUGCAAUCAUUGCAAAGUCGUGGCGGAGGGUCUCCAUCCCAUCCAGGCAUGAUGGGAGGCCCAAUGCCAGUUCGUGGUCCUGGACAAGGUCCUAGAGGCACUGGUGCAGGUAUGCGUGGACAAAUGGGACGAGGCGAUUAUGAUUAUGAUUACGACUAUUACGGUUAUGGGGAUUAUCGAGGUGGCUACAGUGAUCCAUAUUACGAUGACUAUUUUCGAUACGAAGAUUGCUAUUUCGAUUAUGCGCCGCCUCCGCCACCUGCCAGAGGGAGAGGCAGGCAGCCUCAACCGGCUGGGCGUGGGCGUGGAGUAGUGCCACGUGGCCGAAUCGGUGGCCCGCAAACCCGUGGGCCGGUCAGGGGGGGACGCAACCCCGCAGCUACAGGGGCCCGUGGGGUCCAGCGGCUGGCCGCUCGUGGGGGGGUCCGCGCCAAGGGAAGUUUACCAGGUGAGGAUGCAGGUAAACGAAAAUUUGACGGGGGUCACCAGAACCAGGGGGAAUCUAAACGUCGCUUCCAGAGCAACUGGGGAAACCAACCCCUCGCCCAACAACCACUGGGCAAUGCGUACGGAUUGGCGAGUGUGAAUGGUGGCAGUGGUGGUGGUGGCGGUGACAUAGGAUUUGGAGGAAGAUCUGCAGCGCUCGGCGGCGUUUCUGGCGAUGAUCACGAAUGGUAUCAAGACUCAUAUCAAUCGUGGAGCUAACUUCUGCGUGUAUGUGAGUGAAUACACACGAACAUACGUAUAUUGAUAUAAACAAAAAAAAAA